GUGAAUUUGUGAGCUCAGAACUUCUCAGUGAGACUCCGUGCCUAAAGAAGAUAAGACCAGGCCUUCCGCUUCGUUUCCAGAUUGACUUAGAGAUGACAUCACUGCAUAGCCUGCAUGCUAGCUUGACGUCAGUUGUAUGCAAGAAUGGCAACCAUGCUUCUCCAGCAAAGUUCCCAAGUACUGCCUUCUUGCCUGGGUUUGAUGUGGUUGGGCGUGUCUCAAGUGCAUCUAAGAAGGAAACAUCUGUUAGCUCGGGCCCUAGAGCCACAUUAACUUUUGAUCCCCCAACAACCGAUUCAGAGAAAGCCAAACAAAGGAAGCAUACAGUUGAUCCUGCUGCUCCUGAUUUUCUGCCACUUCCGUCCUUUGAACAAUGUUUUCCAAAGAGCACAAAAGAAUCUAAGGAAGUUAUUCAUGAACAAUCUGGUCAUAUACUCAAAGUUCCCUUUCGACGGGUCCACCUAGCUGGGGAUGAACCACACUUUGACACUUAUGACACCACUGGUCCUCAAAACAUUAGCCCUCGCAUUGGACUACCAAAACUGCGUAAAGACUGGGUUGACAGGCGGGAGAAAUUAGGUACACCUAGAUACACGCAGAUGUACUAUGCCAAGCAGGGAAUUAUAACCGAGGAAAUGUUGUACUGUGCCACUCGUGAGCAGCUUGACCCAGAAUUUGUGAGAUCAGAGGUUGCUCGGGGUCGGGCAAUCAUCCCUUCCAAUAAGAAGCACGAGGAGCUAGAGCCUAUGAUAGUUGGAAGAAACUUUCUGGUCAAAGUGAAUGCAAACAUUGGAAACUCUGCUGUUGCUAGCUCCAUCGAGGAAGAAGUUUACAAGGUCCAAUGGGCAACUAUGUGGGGUGCAGACACUGUCAUGGAUCUCUCUACAGGUCGCCACAUCCAUGAGACACGUGAGUGGAUCCUACGUAACUCUGCUGUACCAGUAGGGACUGUACCCAUCUAUCAAGCACUUGAAAAAGCGGAUGGAAUCGCGGAAAAUCUUACCUGGGAAAUUUUCAGAGACACCCUGAUUGAACAAGCUGAGCAGGGUGUAGAUUACUUCACUAUCCAUGCUGGGGUUCUACUACGAUACAUCCCACUAACAGCAAAGCGAAUGACAGGAAUUGUUUCACGCGGGGGAUCCAUUCAUGCAAAAUGGUGCUUGGCUUACCAUAAGGAGAAUUUUGCAUAUGAACACUGGGAUGACAUACUUGACAUCUGUAAUCAAUACGAUGUGGCCCUGUCAAUAGGAGAUGGGCUGAGACCUGGGUCCAUUUAUGAUGCCAAUGACACUGCUCAGUUUGCAGAGCUCUUAACUCAGGGAGAGCUGACCCGAAGAGCAUGGGAAAAGGAUGUCCAGGUCAUGAAUGAAGGGCCUGGACAUAUUCCAAUGCACAAGAUUCCCGAAAACAUGCAAAAACAGCUAGAAUGGUGUAAUGAAGCACCUUUCUACACUCUUGGUCCUUUAACAACUGAUAUCGCUCCUGGAUAUGAUCAUAUCACCUCUGCAAUUGGUGCCGCUAAUAUUGGGGCUCUGGGCACUGCUCUUCUGUGUUAUGUAACUCCAAAAGAACACCUUGGAUUGCCGAAUCGGGAUGAUGUGAAGGCUGGAGUUAUAGCAUAUAAGAUAGCUGCUCAUGCAGCUGAUUUAGCCAAAGGUCACCCACACGCUCAAGCCUGGGAUGACGCAUUAAGCAAGGCGAGAUUUGAGUUCCGGUGGAUGGACCAGUUUGCUUUGUCGUUGGAUCCUAUGACUGCCAUGUCCUUCCAUGAUGAAACCUUGCCUGCAGAAGGUGCCAAGGUGGCCCAUUUUUGUUCCAUGUGUGGACCUAAAUUCUGCUCUAUGAAGAUAACAGAGGAUGUGAGGAAGUAUGCUGAGGAGCACGGCUAUGGGAGUGCUGAGGAAGCUGUGCAGCGUGGGAUGGAUGCUAUGAGUGCUGAGUUUCAGGCUGCUAAGAAAACUGUCAGUGGAGAACAACAUGGUGAAAUAGGUGGAGAAAUUUACCUGCCAGCAAGUCACUUAAGUUCCUCUGAGCAUUGAAGGAUCAUAUGCCUCCGGGGAAUGGGUUUGGAAUAAUGGAGACUUGGUGCCAGAUUAGCUUUUAUCAAGAACGCUGUUGGAAAGUUUGGAGUUUAGUUUGUGAAAGCUUUAAAGACAUAUCUAUCUUUUAUCUCUCUGUUUCGUGUGGCUCAGCAAUAGAAUGCUUUAUUUUUCAUGUUUUAAUUUUGGUCAUGAUUUCUUUCUUUUGCUGCUGAAUUGACAUAAGAGAUGCACCAGGGGUGCCUGUAUCUGCUUCAGCUCAAGCUAAUAAUUUGGCUGGGAUGUUGGCAGAUCAGGCUGAGACAGUCCCUUUGAACCUGAACAGGAUAAUGCCUGCGUAGGGAGCGUGCAUUUUCUUUUCCUGUUUGUUUCUGUGCUUGCACAGGGAGGGGGAGGAACGCUUCUUGUAUCCAUGGUUCGGGCUAGCUGAUCCAUGUGAAGGCAGAUUCAAUGUCAUGGCCAGACUCAGCAGUCCUCUGGCUGGGAAGUGCCUGGAACUGGCUUCUAUAUAUUUUUUUUUAUUCCCUGUGAUUAUGAUAUUAGCGAACAAAAAAGAAAAAUAAUGGCCAUAUAUAUAUACAUGAACUUUGUUCAAUCUCUAUAAGUUAGAUACUACCAUGUAAACCUUAUAUUUUUUUAUGGGGAAUUUUUAAUUAAAAUAUUCA